UCCUUUAUUACUGUCAGUCUGAGAGGACGGACUACAUUGAACAGAUCUGUAUCAGGAAGAAAAUAUGUUUGGGAUACUGGCUUCAUCUGUUAUUGGCUUCAUGUUGCAAGGUUGCCUUUGCACGGAAUGGUCCAUCAAGAUGCCUGGAAACAUCACUGCCGUCAGUGGGUCUUGUAUUGUGAUCCCCUGCACUUUCACAUUACCUGCAAAGUACAACGCAAAGCUCAAUAAUUCAACAGUGUUGUGGUCAAGGGGGUUGAUCGGUGGCCCUACAGUGCUUUCUUCUAAUAAGCAGCUGGCCAGUGACUUUGGGGGAGAGAUUGUGGGAGACUUCAAGAGCAAGAACUGCACCACCGUCUUCACAAACCUCCCUCAGGGAUUCAGUGAACCACUGCUUUUCAGAGUGGAGGGACCUAAUGAGGUGAAGUACACAUACAGCAAGGAGCUGUUCAUCAGCUUUCAAAGAGGAAGCCUACCUCCACCUGAGCUGAGCAUGAGCCCCCCAGGUGAGCUGAGAGCAGGGAAGACGCUGACUCUCACUUGCCGCGCCAGAGACCCCUGUCCAUCUCUUCCGCCAGAAGUGAAGAUUGAUCCUGAGAUGGGCAGCAGCCAGGUGGAGUCUUUUCUGCAGGUGGAUUCUGAGCAGGGGGUCAGGUUUGUGACUGCCACCCAGAGUUUCAUGAUGAAGCCCAUUCACCAUGGUCGUAACGUCACAUGUCAAGCCAUAUACCCUCGAAGAGAUGGGGGCAAAAGCUAUGGAGAAGUGGAGAGCCUGACCCUCAACAUUCUGUACGGUCCACACAACACCAGGGUCAUGAUGAGCCUUCCGAGUCCGGUCCCAGUAGGAAAGCUGGUGACACUGCGCUGCCACAGUGAGGCCAAUCCCGCAGUGACCAGCUACAACUGGUGGACAGAGAACAAAGGACAUCUGGUUCUGAGGGCCACGGGCCAGGAAUUGGUUCUUAUGGCUACCUGGGCCGACAAGGGUCUGUAUGCCUGCGAGGCCACUAAUCCGUAUGGACAGGAAAAGUCUGCAGUUGUGGCUCUGGAGGUUGAAGGUGGGUCAUUUUCAAUGGCAAUGCCAUUUUGUGGUAUACACCCAUGCAGCACUGGGAUAUAUGUAGCUGGUAAUAUUUUUGAAGUUCAUAUAGGUGAUAUUGUGUACAAUUACGUCUACAGCAGCUAUCCUAAAUGUUGGCUUAGGUAAAGAGGCUAGAUAUUUCAGUCUUUCAAUCAUUUGUUGUUUUCAUAAUAAACAUUGAGAUUAUUUUUGUAUUUUAACCACACAGGUCAGCAGUGCUCUAUGUUGCCAUACAUUGUAUGUGGGGUUCUGGCCUUUCUGUAUGUCCUCACGGUUGCCGUGGAUGUUUACAAAUACAAAAGACUGAUUCAGACUUUGAAGACCCAAGAGACGCUUUCAGGGCCAUAUGCUACCCUGGCUUUAGCAAACAUCUCCCCAGAUUAUGAGCAGAUUCAGCAAAACGUCAGGAGGAUGCCGGGUACAGAAAACGUGUGUACUGAGAGAAGACAGAGACCAGCAUAACGAAUGCAUUACAGAACUCUUGAAUGGAAUGGCCUGAUCAUUCAGUCCACUAUUAAGUUUGAACUAUUCCAGUAUUACAAUUCAUCAGUAUUGACAUGUUAUUAGUCGCUAAAUAGAUUGUAUAUAUUAAAUAGAUGGAAAAUGUAGCCAAUAGAGAUCCAUAGGUUUCAGCCAAAGAAGAAUAUGUAUAUAUUUUCAGCAUUGGUCUCAGACUGGGUAUGAAGAUUUAGCCCAUGAUUAAAACCAACCGUUUUAAUGCCAGAAAAAUGACACAAAGAAUAUAUCUCACAGUUCAAGAAAAUGUCAACUGAUGGUUAAGUGGCACCAUAUCAAUAGGUGCAUAAAAUGGGUUCAUAACUGGAAAUUUAAGAGAAGCCAGUGCACGCCUGUAACAUCCACUGCGCUAUUCACAAGAUGCAUCUCUUCAUUCGUCUUGUGGUUAUAUUGUGGUUCAUUAAACUCUCUGGCCAGUUUAAAUGA